GUCGACCAGCGAUCAACAUCCCAUCCGUGAUUCUAUUUGCGACCCCGAUACCUGAGACGUUCUACCUCGCCUGCCAAGAUGAAGCGGAAACUGGACGAAAACAACGAACCCAAGUCGAUGCCCCGGACUGCCCCGGACUCUGACCCUGACAAGCCUGCCACCUCUGGGGAAACCACCGCAGGCCCUGGCCCUGCCUUCUCUGAUCUCGCCCUCGACGCGCGCCUGCUACAAGCCAUUGCCAGUCAGAAAUACCAGACCCCUACUCUUGUUCAGUCCAAAGUCAUUCCUCUGGCCCUGAACGGCCAGGAUGUUCUCGCCAAGGCCAAGACUGGCUCCGGGAAGACGGCCGCCUACCUUCUACCCGUCCUCCAUGGUGUUCUGAAGCGCAAGCAGUCUGAUCCGACAGCUUUCACUGCCGCCCUGAUACUCGUCCCCACCCGCGAGCUUGCCGACCAGGUCUUGCGGAACGUCGAACAAUUCUCAAGCUUCUGUGCCAAGGAUAUCCAAGCCGUCAAGCUGACGGAACAGGUCUCCGAAGCUGUCCAGCGAUCCAUACUGUCGAGCGCCCCGGACAUCGUUAUUUCUACCCCGGCAAGAGCAUGGCAAAACAUCAGCAAUGGGUCGCUUUCCGUUGACAAGCUCACACAUCUGGUCUUGGACGAGGCUGAUCUGGUGCUUUCAUAUGGCUACGACGAAGAUCUUCAGAAUGUGGCUCGGUCUGUACCAAAGGGGCUACAGACCAUCCUUAUGUCCGCCACCCUCACCACUGAUGUGGAGACGGUCAAGGGCUUGUUCUGUCGGGACCCAACGGUUCUCGACCUCCAGGAGCCAGACGCAGAAGGGGAGGGUGUCUCCCAAUUCUAUGUCAAGUGCGGUGAAGCCGAGAAGUUUCUUUUGGCUUACGUGAUUUUCAAACUGCAGCUCAUGAAGGGCAAAUGUAUCAUCUUUGUUGCAGAUGUUGACCGCUGUUGGCGACUCCGCCUUUACUUUGAGCAAUUUGGCAUCCGAAGUGCUAUUCUGAACCCAGAACUGCCUGUCAAUUCGAGACUUCAUGUAGUCGAGCAGUUCAACAAGAAUAUAUACGACAUAAUACUGUGCUCGGAUGAAAACGAGGUACUCGGAGAUGAAGAUCAACCAUCAGAACAAACUGGCCAAGAAAAUAAGAGCGAGAAGGGAGAUGCGCCAGCCAAGAAGAAGCGGAAAUCGUCAAAACGAGACAAGGAGUACGGUGUGUCUCGUGGGAUUGACUUCAAGCACGUCUCUGCAGUCAUCAAUUUUGACUUCCCAACAUCGUCCAAGUCAUACACACACAGGAUUGGUCGCACGGCUCGCGCCGGCCAACGGGGCAUGGCUCUGUCCUUUGUCGUCCCCAAGGAUGAAUUUCGGAAACACAAACCGACCUCGAUCGAGUCUGCAGAGAAUGACGAGAAGGUCCUCGCCAAGGUCCUCCGCCAGCAGCAAAAACAAGGCAAGGAAGUCAAACCGUACGUGUUUGAUAUGAAGCAAGUGGAGAACUUCCGGUACAGAAUGAACGAUGCGCUGCGCGCCGUCACCAAGAACAGCAUCAGAGAAGCAAGGACAAGGGAGCUCAGGCAAGAGCUGCUCAAGAGCGAGCGGCUAAAGCGACAUUUCGAGGAAAACCCGGCCGACCUGAACCAUUUGCGUCACGACGGCGAGCUUCGAGCGGCGCGUACGCAGUCUCACCUGCGAGCCAAGCACGUCCCCGAGUAUCUUCUUCCCAAGGAGGGCAAAAAGGCGCUCACGGCUGACCAGAUCGGCUUCGUCCCGUUCAAGAAAGCUGACCAGAAGAAUCGUCGGUCCAAGUUCUACAAAGGAAAGACCAAGAAAGUUAGUGGUCGCAAGUCGGAUCCGCUGCGGACGUUCAAGGCCCGAAAGAAGACAACAUAGGGAAUCCAGGUACACGACUGUAAUAGUUAGGCAUACAAGAAUUGAAGUGAUACCCUUGUUCUCGGUCUCAACUGUCACAAACUGGAAGCCUUCGCAUCAGCGCCCCCACUGCAUGGUCCCGUGGCGGAGUCCUCUUAUGGUACAAAGGCAGGCACACAUGCGCACAGGCUGGCAGGUCUGCCUGACGGUUUCAUUGUCAAGGCAGACAUAAGGUGACUGUUUGAGUGUCACACGCUGCGAACUCAUGCAAGUGGUAGUAGGCAAUCAUCAGGUGCGUCCACGAACUGGCAACGUUUUCCCGGCACAUGAAACGCGGUGCCUGCAGCUGGUACCUUUACCCCCCCCCAUCGGAGUUGGGCAAAAGCCGGGCCUGCUUAAGAUGCGAGAUGGCUUCAAAACUUCUUGGCUUUGAACCACCGGAGGCCGAGGAAUGAGCCUUUCAACUUUGCCGGAGUGUGGCGGUCAAAGUCGGCGCAGCAUUGAGGAAAUCUCGGCUCACUCCGUGUAUGUGCGGACCAGUGAAUCAGCGACAACGGACUAGUGUACUAGCCACCUGCCGUCACAGUUUUGAGGUCAUCAAUCCAGUUGGGACCACGCAAGUUCCACUUGAGCCGAGAUGGUGGCGUGCUCGGUACAGUCAGAGGAGCCAAGGAAGUUUUGUUGUCAUGUUCAGUAGUGGUCGGCAGUCG